AUGUGCUUCAAAUCCUAUGUACGUCGCGACCAUGAUGGAGACAAUUCCCACACUGAAACGAGGGACUGUGGCGAUCCGAAUUCUGGACGGUGCUUCCAGGACACGGGCUGCUCUGGCCCCGGCUCGAACAAGAUCUGCUGCUGCUCGGGAGAUCUCUGCAAUUCGGCCCCGAAUUCUGUUUCCCUCUCUCUCACCCUUAUUGCCACGAUUCUCGUUGCUCGUUUUGUAUGCCUC